AUGUCCUCUCGCCGUUUCCACAGGAAGUCUCGUAGUGGAUGCACCCAUUGCAAGAAGAGACACAUCAAAUGCGAUGAGGGUCGUCCCAAUUGUGCCAACUGCCAGAGAGCAAGUGUAGUAUGUACCUACGAUCAGCUCAAGGUCCCGAGUAGUCCAGCACAAAGUGCUAGCCAAAGUCCGAAUGGAUCUACAGCAUCAACUCUGGUCUUUGACCAUUCUCCGACUUUUGAUAUGCUCGAUCUGUCUCUGAUGCACUACUACACUGUAUCCACUUCUCUUGGGAUUUUUGCUGGCCAAGGCUCGAGAGAAAUCUGGCAAGAGCUGGUUCCCAACGAAGCUCAGUCAAAUCCCCUCCUCAUGCAUGGAGUUCUUGCCUUGGCUUCAAUGGAUCUUGCUCGGACACGACCCAACGAACGACAAAUCUAUGCGACCAGAGCAUUGGCUCAUCAGAAUGCCGGUACCAGGUUGUUCCGAACAAUGCUCGAACAAGGUCGUACAUCCGACACCCAUCAUGUUCUCAUGAUCUUCAGCAUGAUGCUAGCCAUUCUGGCCUUUGCGUUCCCACACGCGUGCGACGACCCGCCAGAUUUUGAUGGCAUUCUUGAUCUGUUCAGUCUCGUACGUGGUUGCAAGACUGUGUGGCUCCUGAACCCAGAGUCGCUUGCCGGCACGUCAUUAGGGCAAUGGGUCAAGGCAACCUUCGCCGGUCAGCCAAUCGAAAUGAAACCUGAAGUCGAUCGUCGCUUCCAAAUACUGCGAGCACGUCUAAAAGACCCAGCAGAUAUUCUUGCGACCGAUCAGCUGCUAGACUUCAUACACAGAGAGCUUGCAACGUCCGCGGGUGGAGUCACAAACAUAGGUCGUUGGCCCACUAUGGUCAGCGAUGCGUUCUGGAUACGUGUGCAGAACCACGAAGUUGACUCUCUUCUCGUACUUGCGCACUAUUCUGUUGUACUAGGUGCACCUAACUCUCGAUGGUGGACUGCAAAUUGGGACUCAAUCUUGCUACAAGCCAUUGACAAAACGUUGUCACAAGUCGACAAGAAAAUCACUGAAUGGGACUUUUCUGCCAUGAUGAAGUUUGCAAACUCCUACAAGGAGAGCUAG